CACUUUUUACAUGUGUUCAGUUUCCUCCGUUUUUGCUUUCGUUCUGAAUAUAGACGCAGAUUUAGUUUCUCUUUAAAAAAAAACACAGAGAUCGGCUGAAACUUUACAUCGUUUAUAUACAGUGCUAUAUUAUACCGGUUUCUUUAGAAGAAUCCAAUAAUCGUAGUAAAGUGAGAGUCAGAAAAUUUGCAUCAACUAACUUCCUUUUCACGAAGAAAAUCUUUACUAGAGAUGGGGAACCAAGAUGAAGUUCGUACGCUUCUGCUAUCGUUAUUAAUCUCCAGAAAAGAUGCGACACCUGUAGUUGUUCUUGAAAGGGAUUAUUAUAACAUGGAGAAGAACCGUAUACCUUAUCGUGAAUUUGGUUGUAACAAUUUAGUACAAUUUCUUCAAAGCAUGCCGGAGCAUUUCAUUGUCGAAGAGGCUAACGGUGGUCACUAUGUACGCGGGAUAGCGGAUAAAAGUAAGCAUGUGAGUUCAUUGGUGUCACGUCAGAGAAAUUCCUCCAACAAGAACUUAAGAACCAGAUAUCCAUCUCGUCAAGCUACUACAUUUAAUCGUCGCAACCAACAUGCAAGGAUUCCAAUUAGAAUCCCAAAUAGCACGUUAAUUGAUCUUGUUGAUCAUAUCAAAACCCAUCCAAAUGGUAUGAGUUUGCAGAAUGCUUUGCUAUAUGUACAAGCGAAAAUACAGUAUGUUCCUAUCUCUUAUCAAGAUUUGCGAGCGCAAUUGCGUGAAGUAACGCAUCAGUUGUGCAUAGAUGGCAACAUGAUAUAUGCGAUUCAGAAUGGUUUACAAAAUAACGUAGUCCAGCAGCCAAGUAAUCAACAACCUUUAGUGGAAGAGUCUUCAAUGCAGUUAUGGAUUAACGAAUCUAAGUUACCGGGCGAUUCAAUCUCGCCUCCGACACAACAAACUGAAUAUCCUGCCGGAGAGGAGGACUUUGAAUUAGAUUAUUUUAAUGAUGAAGAUGAAGAUUAUUUUGUUUUACCCUGUAGUAAAAACAAUAUCGAUAACUGCCAGAAAUAUCCAAAAACAAGUGAGAUGCUUGCAACGAAUCUUGCACAGCAUGUGCAAUCCGAACAAACUGACAUGUUCAAUUACAGCAAGAACCCAGAUAAUAAUGAAAUCUUUGAAAGCUUGAUGAUGAAUAAUAAUUAUAUGGAAAUGAGGGCUACCGAAUAUCCGCAAGACAAAUCCGAGAUAGUAAGCGACAGAAUAAAGGCUCGAUUGGAGAAAUUAUUGCAAAAAUAUCCGGAUGGCAUCUGGUGUGCUGAGCUGCCCGAUUUAUAUCUUAAAGAGUAUAAGGUUCAUCUGAAUUAUAACAACCUGGGCUUCACAAGUGUGCGUGAAUUUACGUCUUACUUACCGAAAAUUUUCUACAUGACACAAGUUAACAAAACUGAUGACUUUAAGUUAUAUAGUGCAAAUAAGAGGCCAGUAGUUCCAAAAGCGGAGUCUAAUGAAACAUCAUAUGACCAUCAAUACGAUGAACACAGAACAGUGGAAUACAAUAAUUCUGACAAUGACCCAAUCCCAUCAGAAAUUUCAUCUUCCAUUACCAAGAAGUUUGCUCCCGAGGGUGUAAUGAAUUAUGGCGAUGAUGUAGAUAAAAUACUAGUAACUGAUUUAAAACGCACCAAAAAGUUCUUAGAGACAUAUGUUGUAGAAGUGUUUCAUCCAAAUUUUUUCUGGAUACAUCUCCGAGAAAACAAAAAACGAUUUAAUAAAAUGAUGGAUGAACUACAAAAUUUCUAUAUACUUAACAAAGAUAAAUAUAUCAUUGCAAAAGUCGCCUUGAAAAAGGACUUGAAUUGUGCAUGCGUUUUUGAUGGUAACUGGCAUCGAGGAAUCAUUAAGAGUGUAAAACCAGAUUUCAGAGUAACGGUAUUUUUUUAUGAUUUCGGCACUGUGAAGGCAUAUGCACCUGAAGAUAUAUAUUAUUUACAUUUAAAGUUUUCCGGUUUGCCCGCCCAAGCAAUACCUUGCGGUUUAUAUAAUGUUAAACCAAAUGUUGGUGAUCGCUGGAAGAGGAGCGUAUAUGAACAAUUCUAUGAUAAAGUCAAUGAGACCCUUCUAGCUGCAACUAUAAUUACUAUCGAUCCUCCGAACAAUUCCAUGUUGAUCGUUUUGACCGAUACAAGCGAAGAAGAGGAUGUGUGUAUAAACAAUUGGUUAGUGAAAGAGAAACUAGCGCAAUUUGGUAAAACGGGUGAUGCCGUUGACAUGGCGAGCUUAAUGAAGUAUGUGGUAAACAAUGUGAACCAAAAACCGUCGUAUUGCUUUGCGGAGGAGAGUCUGAUGCCCGAGAACUGCUACAAAACUACAUCGACAGAGGAAAAAUACGAAGUACCUUUAGUCUCAUCCGGACUGACGCUUCCACAUUAUGAUAAUCAAUAUCAACAACAGCCAGUAAGACCACCGCCAGGUUUUCAGUCUCUCGAUGAACAACACAUUCCGUCUAAUACUUCGACAAGGAGUUUUCAAAACAGUUAUUCCUUUGCAAACCUAUCAAACGCAUCGAACACGAAGGCGUCAGUCUUUAGUGAUGCGCAGGCGACAACGAAUCCGUUCCUAACUGAUGAACAAUUCAUUCCUAAUGAUGUCGUCGGACAGUUAUACAUAACAAUGUGGAAUGAAAAUAAAAAAUUACAUACUGGGGUGAAUGAAAUUCUUUGUGAUAUGCUAAAAUGUUUAUCACUUUCAUUGAAGGAUCAGAUUCAGUUAAAUAAGAUUUUGAAAAUUGUUAAGAAGAUUUUAUUGGAACAAAAAGAUGAUCGUUCCACUGUCGUGAAAACUCCGACAGCAUCUAGUCUUACAAGCAGAACGACAUUGAACGAUGUUGAUUUGGCACAGAAAGUGUCGUACAAUUUAAACAAUGAAACUGCUGCGAAUCAAGAAUCUAAUGUAAAUAUUUCCUCGAUGUCUAAUCCGUUUGGCAUAAACGUCGAUGAUAGAUUACAGAAUAACAUUACAUUUCCUUACGGUUCAGACAGUUUCUCUUUUAAAAUUGGCAACUGGAACCAAUCUGACGAACUCAAUUCACGUAUGCAAAUACCUCCUUCAACAGCAAAUCCUACACCUUCAAUGUUCAUUAAUCAUAUACUACCAAUCAGUACUUUCCUUCCAAAAGCCAAUCAGAAUAACGAAAACGUUCCCUUGCCGGUAUCUCCUGCGGCGCCAACAAAUACUAAUUUCUUCAAUAAUUUCUCAGAAGUAAAUAAUAUGAACACCCAGUUUCCCGCUAUGUUCAAAGAUACAAAUCCUUUCAAAUUUUCCAUGACUGAUGUUCCCGGAACGCAAGUACCAGAAAUUCAAACUGAGCGAACGAUUAAUAACUAUGAUACAGAUAUCUCGUAUUUGUCGACUAUUAAAAAUCUACAAAGCAAUGCUUUAAAAACAGAAACUGCAAAUAUUCAUGCGAAGAGCAAUGGUUUUACGUCUGUUAGCAACCUGGGACAUGUCAAUGAAAGUUACACUUCGAAAAUCGUUUAUGAAUCCGAUCCUGUAAUAUAUAAUACACAGAAGAAGCAAACAGACAUAAAUGUAAAUACAAAUGUAAGACAGAAUGCAUGUAGUAGCAAUUUUGAUAAUGUCCAAAACGCUCAAUCUCUUAAAUUAGAACAAAGUAAUAAAAAACUUGCACCUCAGGUUUCGCAAUCUACAAAGAAUAUUGCUUCUUUGCACACACAGCACACUGUAAAUAACAAUAUAAUAAAUAACAAUGUAAGAGAUAAUUCGCACAGUGACGAGAACUAUGUUACUCGACUAUCAAUGUAUUUCAUGCACGGUUCACAUGGUUCGACAAAUGGCGAAGCGAUUUACUGCCACCAAAAUAGAAACGCAGACAAUUUGCAAACUGUAUCGCAGUCUUGGAAUCAAUUCGAGAUUCCAAGUUGGACUAAUUCGAAGUUUCAAAGCAGCAUUCCUUUAUUGAAUCACAGUGAGAAUACACCGAUUAUUUUAGCUAACCAAGAUUGGAACUGUGAUAAUGAUAGAAAAUCAGUACCUCGAAAGAAUGAAGUAACCAAUUCGAGUAAUAUUUCUAAAGUUAAUGACGAUUAUGAUAAAGAAGGAUCAAUGGAUAUUUAUGCGAAUUCUUGGUAUAACAAUGAGAAGGGAUCUGUACAAAACAGGAAUAUGGCUUUUAACUCUUUUCUAUUUCAAAAAAUUGAUUCAGUUGAAGGCAUAACAUUUAUAUUUCAUUUCGAACAGGACGGUUGGAUAUUGACAAAUGAAUUUGUAAAAGUCUUUACGAAUUUCAAAUUGUUCUCUCAUUUAUUGACCAAGAUAGAGAUGUUGAAUAUAAAAGUUACUUUUAAAGAAAUCCUAAGAUCUCAGUAUCCAUCGCAAUUUUUACAAUUAGACAGAUAUCCUCUAAAUGUUCCGCGUGAUUCUGAGAAACACAUUCUCUCUAUUCAUUUGAUCUCGUUGCAAACCGCAUUGGCAUUAUUGCACAAAUUGAAGAUAGUUUCGCGAGAUCAAAUAGACAAUGCUUUUAAAAAGAAUGAGUUUUUGGAUGAUUCUGUUCUACGUAUUUUAUGGAUUUUGAUUCUCACUUACCGCGAUCUGAAACAACGAAUUGAAGUAUAUUCGAACGAAUUAAAUUAUAUGUAA